CUCCGCUUGGCAAAGGAGGCGCUUAGGCCGCGGGGGAGUGUCGCCAGGCCAAAGAACGAAGCACGCCCCCUGCCGCUCAGGCUGGUCACGUGAUCCGCUCGCGGCCCUGUCAGCUGAUCCCUGCUAAGCCGUGGCGGUUGUCUCUAGGUGGUGAUGGAGUUUCUUCUCGGCAAUCCUUUUAGCUCUCCGGUCGGACAGCGCAUUGAGAAAGCUACUGAUGGCUCCUUACAGAAUGAAGAUUGGGCUCUUAACAUGGAAAUCUGUGACAUCAUUAAUGAGACAGAAGAAGGGCCCAAAGAUGCUUUUCGAGCCAUAAAGAAAAGGAUUGCCGGGAAUAAGAAUUUCCACGAAGUGAUACUGGGUUUGACAGUCCUUGAGACAUGUGUCAAAAACUGUGGUCAUCGCUUUCACAUACUUGUUGCUAGCCAGGAUUUUGUAGAAGGUGUAUUAGUACGAACUAUCCUUCCCAAAAACAAUCCUCCAGCUAUUGUACAUGAUAAGGUGCUGACCCUCAUCCAGUCCUGGGCUGAUGCCUUUCGUAGUACACCGGACCUGACCGGGGUUGUAACUGUUUAUGAGGACCUGAGGAGAAAAGGCCUGGAGUUUCCCAUGACAGAUCUAGAUAUGCUAUCACCCAUCCAUACACCACAGAGGACUGUAUACACACCACCAGAUUCCCAGUCAGGAGUUACUUCAUCAGCAGAUUCUCCUCAGGCGAUAGAUUCAAUCCUGCACCCUGUGUCCUUACCACAAGUUCCAGAGAUUGCAGCUGAUGCUUCUAUCACACCUACGCCAGACCAGAUUGGAAAAUUACGCAGUGAAUUGGAAGUGGUGAAUGGAAAUGUAAAAGUAAUGUCUGAGAUGUUAACAGAAUUAGUACCAGGACAAACUGAAUCUUCUGACCUUGAACUGCUCCAGGAACUCAACCGGACAUGUAAAGCAAUGCAGCAGCGUAUAUUGGAGCUGAUUCCCCGCAUCCUCAAUGAACAGCUAACUGAGGAGCUGCUCAUUGUGAAUGACAACCUCAACAAUAUUUUCCUGCGCCAUGAACGGUUUGAACGGCUCCGAUCUGGCCAGUCUGCAAAGCAACAAAAUGACACAGAGAAUGAAAACAGUCUGCUUGACAUGGGACCUAGUAUCACAUCAGCACAAAAAGUUCCUGAAACUGCCAAUACACUUUCAUCUCAACUUGCAGGAAUUGAUCUUGGUUCUAGCAGUGUCAGUGCAGGUUUGCAGUCCCUCAAUAAUUCCAGCAAACUGGAAGAAGAGUUUGAUAUGUUUGCACUGACCCGUGGCAGUUCCUUAGCUGAGCAACGCAAAGAGGUGAAGUAUGAAGAUCCUUUAGCAACAAAAGGUCUAGCUGGAGCCUUGGAUGCCAGACAACAGAAUACAGGAGCAAUUCCUGUACCCCAGGCUGCUUUCAUGGAAGAAAUAGAACAGUGGAUCUCCACUGAAGUGGGAAAUGAAACAGUGGAUCCAAAGGGUGUCACCAGUGAAGAGUUUGACAGAUUCCUUGAGGAGCGUGCAAAGGUGGCAGAUCAACUUCCUACCCUUCCCAGUGCCCCCACAGGGGCUCCUUCCAUGUCUACUAAGUCCGGUCCUCAGCAAAAGAAGGAGAAAGCUGAAGAUGCAAUGUUCGCUUUAUGAGCCGUUCUGCGGAUUGGUGUGCCGUGGUUACAAGAGGGCCUGUCUGCUCUGCAUGGCACUUCUUGGGGAAGAGAGGGGUAUCCAAAGGAGACAAGAUCAGAGAAGAGAAUCUGCCCCUUUCCUUCUUCCUGCCUUCUUUCCAGACUGCUUUGGGUUAGGUUAAUCAUUGCUGCAACGGGGGACACUAAAGCAAAGCAAACAGUAGGAAGAGGUUGCAGAGCUGUCAAAUGCAUUUGCCAGAUGAAUUGGGAUUUCUCUUGGGAGAUCUAGGCAGUCUUGGGUGUGUUCUUCAUUGUUUUGUUGUGCGUAUCUUUCUCCAAUGAGGAUGACUCUUAAAAGUUGUGCCGAAAAUGGGUAGUAGGAUUUGUCAGUUUGUCCCAAUCCCACAGGUAGUCAUGUAAAAAUCAUCAAAUUGGGCAGCUGUUUCAAUGCUUAGCUGGCUUUUCUGUAUUUUUUUCUCCACUAGCAGUAGGGGAACUACAGAUCCAGUUUGCUUUGAAAAAAGAGUACUGUUUAUGGUCUUUUUUCAUACACGCACAUACAUGUAACACUGUGUUACAUACCACUAUUUCUGCAUGAAGAAUUCUGCUUGCAAGCCAAGCACAUACUCUCUCCAGUCCAGAUACCAGCUGCAUAGUGUGUAAUUCUGAGCAGUAUCAAUUUCUUCCAAGGCUUUCUUCUUUCAGUGUUCAAAGCUAUAAUGUUCAGGAGGCAAAGACUUUUCUGGGAGGGGGGGAAUUGAACCUGAUGAAACCCACUAUCAUGACUUUUCUGUUUCCACCAUAAUCUUCCCUUAGAUUGCGUCCCACUUUCAUUCUCAGAAAGAGCUGCAAAUGACAUUCACCAGGUUAAAGAAAGGUUUUUUUGGGGGGGGGAGGCAGUGUUGAAUUAUGCCAUGAAAUUGGGAGAGUUGCUUUGUAUAUGCCAUAUUAAAGAAAUGACUUCACUACAAA